GCAAUGAAAAUCUUGUCCAAAAGGAAGCUGAUGAGGAGAGCGGGGCUCUUCGGGCGCGCGCCCCCGCGCACGCCGGGCCGCGGGCCUCCGCCCGACCCGCUACAGAGGGUGUACCGGGAAAUAGCCGUGCUCAAGAAGCUGGACCACCCGAACGUCGUGAAGCUAGUGGAGGUAUUGGACGACCCUGCAGAGGACCAGCUGUACUUAGUCUUCCAGCUGCUAGAAGGGGGGCCCGUCAUAGACAUCCCCACCGAAAACCCGCUCAGCGAACUGUUGGCGAGAAAGUACUUCAGGGACGCGCUACUAGGAGUAGAAUAUUUACACUACCAACGCAUCGCUCACCGGGACAUCAAACCUGCAAACCUGCUCCUCGGCGAGGGCAGGGUGCAAGUGGCAGACCUGGGUGCUUGCGGGGAGCUGGCCGGAGCCGGCAGACUGACUGGGGCUGUGGGCACGCCAGCCUUCAGGGCACCUGAGGCAGCGGCGAACGCCGACAAGUAUAAUGGAGAGGCAGCUGACAUUUGGUCGUUAGGAGUGACCCUGUUCGCCAUGGUGACGGGUAAGGUCCCCUGGGGCGGGCCCACGGCGGCCGAGCUGCAGAGGAGGGUCCUGGACGAGCCGCUGGCGUUCCCGCAGCGGCCGCAGCUGUCGCGGCAGCUGAAGCACCUGCUGGGAAGGAUGCUGGACAAGAACCCGGCGACGAGGGCCAAUAUGCAGCAGAUAAAGGACCACGAAUGGAUAACGAACUCCGGGCAGGACCCGCUGCCGUCGGAGCAGGAGAACUGCCGGCUCGUGGAGGUCACGGACGAGGACAUGGCGCAGGUCGUCACCUCCAUCCCCAACCUCUCCACGCUCAUACUCAUCAAGACCAUGCUCAAGAAACACAGCUUCCAGAACCCGUUCCUCCGAAGCCGGGAGGGCAGCACAGCACGGCGGGAGUCAGGCAGCGGGCGCGGCGAGCUUGAGAAGUGCGCAGCGAGGCGUGGCCAGCUCGCCAGGGCGGGCAGGUCGCUGUCAGCGCCGGGGAACUACCUCACUGACAGACAACAAUCCUUCGACAUCAGCCUGGAAUCCGUGCAGGAGUCCCGGGACCAGAGCCAGGAGGUCCAGAAGGAGAACGGCCCUGAAGACAAGCGCGUGCAGUCCGCGCGGUGAUACGCGCCCCCCUGUCGCUCCCUCACCAUGAGGGGGCCAAGUCCCAAGCAUUGCAAGAAGACGAAUCUUCUGAUGACUUAACGACUGCAUAAAUUUAAUUUUAAACUUUUGUAUUUGACUGCUCGUCAACAUUGAACAAGACGUAACGUUGCAUUCGCUAAUGGAAUGACAAACCUUUGCUAAAGCUUAAG